AGCGGAAAUUUCAAAAUGGUGGAUGUCAACAAAUGAAUUGAUUCUGCCGAUUGCUGAAUAUUUUUGUCGCUUUUCUCUAUGUGGAACCGUUCAAGGUUCUCUCCUCGUGUACAAUAUGAGCACCAGUACAUCCGUGCUAUCAGCUGACGAGCUAAAACACAAGUUGUACAGCAGUCUCCGAGGAAAGGGGGUACUGGACUCCUUAAAGUCUCAAUUAAGGAACAAACUCGUCCAUGAGCUCCAACACUCUGUGCUAGGAUCUUCAUUGAAGACAAAGCCUCCCCAGCAGCAGGCUGACAGUUCCUUAUCCCUCACAGCUGCCAACAGCCUGGUGGCAGAUCAUCUACGUAGAUGCCACUAUAAUUACUCACUGGGGGUGUUCAUUCCAGAGAGUGGGGCCUCUCAAGAUAAGGUAUUCACAACCCAGGACCUGCUGCAGCUGCUCCAUAUAAGUCCACAUUCAAAAUUGUAUAAAACACUGACAGAAAGUAUGCCAGAAUCUUCUUCCAAGGGAUUUUUGUGGCAGUUAUUGACAGCGCUUGCUGGUAGUCAUGCAGGUCUUUCUCAGGACACCAGCACACAGACUUCCAGAGAUGGACAUGGGGCAAUGUCAAUUUUAAGCACCAGACUGUCUAAAGUAGAUGAAGAAUUUGACACUUUGUUGCAUGAAAACUCCAAAAGCCACGCCUUGGGGACCGAAGAGCGCAUCCUUUCAAUACAGCGCCAUCUAGAGGAGAGGUUCAAGGAGGAGACCAAGCUGGAGCUGGAAAGAUUCAAAGAGACACAGUUCACUAAAUUCAAACUCCAGGAAAAGGAGAAGGCUAGGAAAGAGAUAGAGAAAGCUAGAAAGGAGAUGGAACAGACCUACAGGGCCAAGUGUGAUGCCCUGUCAGAGAGGGAGAGGGCGGCCACAGAGAGGUUACAGAGGAGACAAGAACAACAAGAGAAAGAACUGUAUCAGCAGAGGCAGAGUCUAUUGGAGGAGAUUGACAAAGUCAGAGAAAGGGAGGUGGAAGUGAGAAAAGACUUGGAGAUAAUGAAAAGGGAAAGUCAGCUACAUGAGGAUAAGAUGAAAUCUUGGGAGGGUGUGUUGAAGAAAAGAGAGGAUUCUGUUCAUAGACUUGAAGAGGAAUUUGACCAGAGGUUACAAAUAGAUGUCGCUAGGUUUAAGAUAGAAGAACAGGGAAGACUUUUGGAGAGAACAAAGAACCUGGAGGUCCAAGAAGCAAGGUUAUCAGAUGAGCUAAAGAGACUGGGAGAAGAGAGAGAAGCCCAGCAGAGUGUGAGGGAGGAGUUGAGAAUAAACAAAGCCAGGGUUGCAGAACUGGAGGCUCAAAUCCAGGCUCUUCACCAUGAAAAGAUAUCCACAUCAAAACAUUAUGAGGUGGCACAGGAGCGACUUCGCGAGACGGUUGAUUAUCGCUCCAUCAAGGAAGAAAAUGCAGUGAUGAAAAGAGAGUUAGAGACAACUAAGAUGAGACAGGCAGAGUUACUUCAUGAAAAUGAAAGAGAGAGGCAAAGGUAUGAAAGUCUGCUUAAGGACAUGGGUGAGAGAACCAAACAGCCAACACCAGAAUCUUUACUCCUACAGAGGGAGCUUCAGAGAGCCCAAGACAGACUGAAGCAAGAACAGGCAGUGUUUGAACAUCAGAAGCAGCAAAGUGAUGCCAGAAUUAAAGAAGAAGCAGAUCGAAACCAAGAGAUAUUGAAAAAAUUUGAAGAGCAGACUUUGCAACAGAGAGAGAUGAUUCGUGAGAUAACAGACUUAAGACAGCAGCUCUUACACACCCAAGAAGCUUUGAACAAUGAAAUAUACAGGAAGCCUAGAACAGCUACUCUCAGACCACAAUCCACAGCAGCCUACAUGGAUGACAUGCCAGUUCAUGACCCUGGAAUCAAUGACAUGUACAUUGACACCUCACUGAGAAGAACAAGAGUAGAUCCAGAGUUACAACUGGCAGGAGAUGUCAGUUACUCUGGUGGCUAUGGGAGUAAUAGUGUGGCUCCAGAUAUCAAUGAUCUCCUGGAUAGAGUGGAUAGAGAACUCAAAGGUGCUGACAACAACAUGCUAACAACAUUGCAAAGGCAGCAGAGACAGCAAGAUGGAGGGUCUCCUGAUGAGUCCAGUGCUACAGACAUCAUACUGGAGACAAGACAGAGGCUGCAGAGGUUAGAGAGAGAAGCAGAGGAAUUUGAUGAAAAUUACCGACAGUUCAACCAGCGUAUGACUAACCCAGUGGCCGUCCCGGAUGAUUCUUACCUACAACCACAGUCCAGGAGAACACCAAAAACUGCAGCUACUGCUGCCUAUAGAGUUGUAUUUGAUGACUUGCCACCUGCUCCUUCACCACUCACUGGCUCACCCCUGAGACAGAACACUAAAACCUCCCCAUAUUCAUCACCAUCAAAGUAUACAGGUGGAGCCACAUACAGCAGCUCACCAACAAGGUUAAGGUCAGAAGAAAGGAGGUCGUCAGAGAGAGGGAGGCCCUUGUCAUCAACUCCAUUUAGAAAAACAAGGAGAACACUUACUCAUGACGAUGAUGAAACUCCUGACAGACAUAGCCCCCCAACUCUAGAUGGCAGCACCAGCCCAACUAGCCAUGGUAAUGAAGGUUACCUUCCAUCAUUGGGCAUGUCUGAGGUCACCAAAAGAAUAAGUCCAGUUGACAACAGAGAAAAGAGUCCACUGACAAGGCAAGGACCUUUGACCCUGAAUGACCUUGAAGGUCGCCCAGGCUCCCCUGGUGUUGUUGUGUUCCAGGGUUCAGGGACUUCAUCAAAAACCUCAGACCAUAGUGGUCAUGACCCAGCAGUUGACCUUGACAUUGGUGGUAAUCAGGUCACUAGGCCUCAAGAUCACCCAACCACCUGGCAUGGUGACCACAGAGGGGACACGCCCACUCCUGCAACAGAGAUGGAUCUCAGUAUAAAGGAUAACUCAGUGACAGGGGCUAGCAGACAGGAUAAAAGUGUGCGGAGAGUGGACCCAAAUGAUUCUCAACCCAGUGAGCCAGUUAGACUUGUAGAACAUGAUGAUUCAAGUGACAGGAGGGAAAGGCCCAUGGAGGAGAAGGAGGAGGGGAGCAAUCACCUGGAUGCUGGAGCAGAGGAAGAACCACAGGUUGUGUCCUUAGACUCUACCUGGAAGGUGAAGGAAGAUGAAGAAAAGAAGAGGCAAGAGAAGAGACGUCAGAUUGAGCGAGAGCAGAGAGAAUGGGUGGAGCAAAGGCGGAAAAUAGAAGAAGAAAAGUUACGCCAAGAGCAGGAGGAAUGGGAGAGAGAACAGCAGAAGCUGGAGAAACUGAGGAAAGAGAAAGAGAAAGAAAAGGAAAAAAAUCUAACCCCAGAAGCUCAAGUAAAAGUGGAAAAAGUUGAGGAAGAGAAGGUUGAAGAAAAAGAAGAAAAGAAAGACGACAAGGAGCCUGAAAUAGACCCUGUCAUGCAAAAAUACAUGGAGAUGUUGAAGAAAAAGAAAGAGGAAGAGAAGAAGGAGGCAGAGAUUGCAACAAAGGCAGUGAAGGUUUGGUCCAAGGGCCAUCAGAGUGAAGAAAAGUCACAGUCAGAACAUGAGCUCUCAGUAGCAGAUGAAGAGAAGAGUAUUGGUGGAUUUUCUGAUGAUGAUUUCGAAUGGUAGUUGGGCAGUCACGUGAUAGUGUACUGUCUUCAUACACACAGCUGCAAUAAUUAUGAGAGAAAGAUUUACACAUGCCAUAGUGAGGCUCCAAGACAGAAAAGGGCCGUGACAGUCCAAACGUGUGUGGCACCUUUAAGGAAAAUACCCUAUGUUCCAUUGCUUGGGAUUUAUUUAUUUAAAGAAAUUAGGGUCAACCAACAAUAACUGAUAUAAGAUCAGCAGCAUUCUAGUUUCUUCGAUU